AUGACAGAUACACAAAAUGAUACAAAAACCCCGGAUAAAGAAGUGUUAGAUGACGAAACUCUAGAGAAAUUAGCAGUUGAGGAGCUUAUACGAGAAGCAGUUCAGGGUGCAGCAAGAGCGGAAAUUGUUGGCCCUUCAGGUUGGGUAAAAGCCCCACAGCAGAAGACUAACAAACGAUUUCUUGUCAAUACACUUCGGAAUGCUGUGAGCUCUAAUAAAUAUAAUACAGCGCGCAAUAAAAAUCGGCAUUCCUACCAUAAAUAUCCUAAACAAGACCAAAAACUCGAAACUACUAUAAAGAAGGACAAAAUUAAAAGAAAAUAUUAA